AUGGAGAUCGAGCUUGAGAACUUUUCAUUUCGUAUCCACAACGUAUCAUACAUCACCAUUUCCCCUUCACCGGCACUGGGAAAGGAUGCCCUCCUCCUCCUCCCCCUCUCCUUCUUCGACGCCAUAUGGAUCUCUGUACCACCCAUCCAACGCCUCCUCCUCUUCCCCGGUGCCACCCCUGACCUCCAUUCCCUCAAAUCCUCCCUCUCCACCUCCCUCCGCUGCUUCUAUUCACUAGCCGGUAAGCUCACCUACCUCCCGGCCACCGGCGACAUCGCCGUGGCUUGUUCCCCAGAUGAUCACAUUGUUAAAUAUUGGCUUGAUAUCCUUUUCCGCGCUUCCUCACACGCAACACACAUCACCUUCAUCGAGGCCAACUCGGACGGUGACUUCAUCCGUCUCGCUUCCGAUGAGAUCCACGACGUCGACUCGUUUCUAUGGCUCGUGCCGGAGCUAGACACUAGAGUUUUACCAGCGCCGGUCAUGGCCGUUCAGGUGACGAAGUUUGAGAGCGGCGGCUUCGCUGUUGGAGUUGCGGUGCAUCACGCGGUGGUGGAUGGCCGGGGCUUGUGGCAGUUCAUCAAGGCCUGGGCCACGGCUUGCCGCGAGGCUGAGGAAUCGAUUUCAGAGGUUUCAACGAUGGUUCACGAUCGAACCGUGAUCCGGCACCAUCCGCGCGGUGAUGAGAUCGCCCGCCAAUUCUUGAAGAUGAUGGCGCCAGACCUUCCCAUUCUCCCGAGCAGAAAAUGCAAAGGCUGGAAGAGUCUUCUCAUACAGUCAAGAGGAGUCUGGAGUUUCUUGAGUCCAGGAGGGAAGAGAUCAGCAGCCCCUAAUGUUCUUGGGUUACUUCCAGGGGUGUUCUUUUCCCUUAUGAGUUGUUCCUUCUUUUGGUUCCUUCCACUUCUAGUGGACUUUGUUUUUGCUUGUGUGUUGCUUGGACUUUGUUCGGCAUUUUUUGCCGUCAUAUUACUUGCUUAUAGUCUUCUUGCCAAGGUCAUGGAACUGGUUGAAAAUGCUGGACUUUCAAAGGCUUGUUCAAGGAUCAAAGAACAAAUAGAUGAGAGUUUUAAGGACGUUUUGGGAUGGUGUGAAGAUUGGGGUGCCCGAGUAGGACGGUCCUGGACGGAGAUAGUUUCUAUGAACCAUGAAGGUCAAGUUGUGCUCGUCGGAGGGAGAAAGCAAGGAGAGAUUCAGAUGUCAGUGUGCCUCUCUUCUCAUAUGGAGAAAUUCACCAUAGAGUUUUCAAGAGAACUCUGUGUUUGAUUUGCUUUUAUUAUUAUUUUUUAACUGUUGUUUUUAUGUUGUUUUUGAGAUUGUCGUAUC